AUGUCCAACAGCCUGAAGCCCACUGUCCUCAUUGUGCAUGGCUCGUGGCACGCUCCGGCGCACUACGAGCCUCUCGGUAGGCGUCUCGAAGAAAGGGGGUACAAUGUCUUUUGCCCUCCGCUGCCGAGCUGGCAUGCGGAUCCGCGCGCGACGACACUUCGCGCGGACGCAGACGCCAUAGAGCAGGCGUUGAAGAAGCUCGUUGAAGAUGAACAGAGACACGUCGUCGUUGUUGCGCACUCGUAUGGCGGUAUCGUCGCUUCUGAGGCGGUCAAGGCUUCCUACGGGCGCAAAGAGCGCGCCGUGGAAGGUAAAGAGGGCGGGGUGCUGCAUAUCGUCUAUAUGUGUGCGAUUGUGGUGGAGGAGGGUAAAUCCUUGGUCGACCAAUGGGGGCCGCUUCCGAAGGCACUGCCAGAAACCUUGAUCUGCUCGAGAACCGAUGGUGCGACGGCAUUUUUCAACGACGUGGCUAAAGACGAGCUCGAACGGGGCCAAUAUGUCCAGAAGCUGGUUCGUGGCUCUGUCAAACCGGACAUCUUUCCAACCACGUACGCGGCGUACAAACAUUACCCCGUAACGUAUAUUCUUUGCACCGAGGACAACGUGUGGCCAUAUAAGGCCUGCCAGGAGGUUGCGGUACGAGACAUUCUCGUCAAAAACGGGGCCGUUGUGGCGGAGAAGAUCCUCAGGAGUGGUCAUUCGCCGUUUAUCACAUUGCCGGGGGAGGUUGCCGAGUUUGUGGAUGAGAUUGUGGAAGCGACUUCAUUGGAUAGAUAG